GAAAAAGAGAAAAUAUUACUCAGUCGAAAUGAAGCAGCUUCCAAAAUACAGAGAUCCUGGAGACGCCAUAUUGAUGUACAAGUAUAUAAGUAUUAUCGUGAUCUUAUCAAUUUUAAAACACAAGGUGAUCCCUCAAUGAUGUUGAGGUGUAUUAAUCCUAAUGAAUCUAAACUAUUAGAUCCUGCUACUGGAGUUCAUGUCAGAUUUAGGUUAGCUGGGGACAGAUUUCCACCAAAUAUAUACUAUAAAAUAUUUACUCAUAGACCAAUAGUUGAUAUGUGUGCUAAUAGUCCUAAAGAUUAUACUAAAGCUUCCACCAAACAUCUCAUGGCUUUUGAUAAAAAUAAUAAAACUAGGCAGACUCAACUACCAAAAAACACAGAUAAAAGUGGUUGGUAUCAGCGUGUAGAGAAUAAUGGAUGGCGUCUGGUAUCAGAUAGAUUAAUACAUCAUAUAAUGUCUGAUCCUAUUACCUGGGAAACUUCUAAUAAAAAAUAUGAAUUUCACCAUGAUAAGCUUCAGAGGAAACAAGAUAUAGAAAAAAGAAAGAAACGAAAGAAAAUUGAUUGGAUGAAGAAAAUGUAUAAAGAAGGAAUGUUAAAAGCUAAGACUGCUGAUGAAGAUACUAUCAGAUUGAUAGAGGGCGCUGCUGCUGGUAUGGUAGCAACAGUAGAUAAUAUAGGAACAGACGCAUUAGAAGAAUGGGAAGUAGAUGAACUGUUAGAUUGGACCACCAGUCUCAAUUUUGAUGAGUAUGUU